GGCGUUGUGGCGAGGCGCAUGCGCAGUGCUAAUCGGGCAGGAGCUCGCGGUAGUGACAGUUGCGCCGUUGUGCUUGACGCUUUGGGUGGGAGAGACCGGAAAAACUCGCUCGCUAAGCAUCAAACACAAGGGAGAUGGCAGCGAUCCGUAAAAAGCUGGUGAUCGUUGGAGACGGCGCAUGCGGCAAAACAUGUCUCCUCAUCGUCUUCAGUAAGGACCAGUUCCCAGAGGUGUACGUCCCCACCGUGUUCGAAAACUACGUGGCUGACAUCGAGGUGGACGGCAAACAGGUGGAGUUGGCUCUGUGGGACACAGCAGGACAAGAAGAUUAUGAUCGUCUCCGUCCUCUAUCUUACCCCGAUACUGACGUCAUCCUCAUGUGUUUCUCCAUCGACAGUCCUGACAGUCUCGAGAACAUUCCAGAAAAAUGGACUCCUGAGGUGAAACAUUUUUGCCCCAAUGUCCCCAUCAUCCUCGUGGGCAACAAGAAGGACCUACGCAACGACGAACACACCCGCCGCGAGCUAGCCAAGAUGAAGCAGGAGCCGGUGAAAGCGGAGGAAGGCCGUGACAUGGCGAAUCGGAUCUACGCCUUUGGCUACAUGGAGUGCUCUGCCAAGACGAAGGACGGCGUGCGGGAGGUGUUCGAGAUGGCCACCAGGGCGGCACUGCAGGCCAGGAAAGGCAAGAAGGGCACUAAAUGCCUUCUACUGUAAAACAAACGGGACUGUGUGCUCAUUAUACAGGGUGGGAGGGGUUAACCAUAAGCCACACCCCUUCCCCCUCCCCUGAAUCAACCUGCCUGCAAGGACUGUGCUCAACCGUUAAACCGCUUUUUAUGAACGAAAUUAUGUAUUUUAAGCAAAAUCAGUAACGGCUAGUUAUGGAAGUUUUUGUUUUGUCAGUAUUUAAAGAGGCAGAUCAGGAGCUAUGCUGUUCUAUUGUUAUUUUACACACACACACACACACACACGUCAUUACUAAAUUUGCCAUAUAAACUUGUGCCGAUCCACCAGUAAAAGGAGAGAUGUUAAAGCUGUGUAUUUGCUAAGUGACAUGCUCGUAUCGGUGAUGUCUCACUUUGACCGAUGGCCCAUGCAGUUGUUUUGGAUUCUAAAUAUGCAAUGAAGAAAAAAAAAAUUUAUCAGGACCAAUGUGCAGUACAGAAUAGACACGAUAACAGGAUCUGUGUGUUUUCUGGAAUGCAUACACUGGGACAAGACUUGAAACUAUUUUCUUUCUUUCAAAACAAACAGAAACCUGAAUUGGUAUCUUUGUGUAUUAAAGAAAAACUUUUUAGGAA